AUGAGUCCGCGACAUGAUGCGCCCGCCGACGCCGCAGCGACCACGGAGCCCAAAUUGGACGCCGGCAACAAGGGCCACGACCACUACGCCCAGCGACUGCCCCGGUGGCGCAAUGCCCUGCGGAACCGCCUCAUACCCAUUGUGCGCUGGGAAACACCAUGGCUUGCCCUGAUGCAGGACAAGAUGCGCUCGCCCGCACUCGACUCGUACUUUGCCUAUACCGCCAACCUCGGCACCCAUACCUUCUUCAUGGUCUUCCUGCCCAUCCAGUUCUGGUGCGGCUACACUAGCAUCGGUCGAGCGACUGUCUUCAUGCUUGCAGCCGGUGUGUACUGGACUGGCUUCCUCAAGGACAUGCUCUGUCUGCCCAGGCCCCUGUCGCCGCCCCUCGCCCGCAUCUCCAUGUCUGGCUCCGCUGCCCUCGAGUACGGCUUCCCCUCGUCCCACUCUGCCAAUGCCGUGUCCGUCGCCUUCUACGCCAUAUACACGUUGCGCCAGUCGGCCGACCGCGACACCUCCAACUGGAACAUGGGUCUGCAGGCCCUCUUCUACUUCUAUGCGCUUUCCAUCAUCGCGGGGCGGUUGUAUUGCGGCAUGCACGGCUUUCUAGAUGUCCUGGUCGGGAGCAUCAUGGGUGCCUUGAUUACGGCUUUCCAGCUUGUAUGUGGGGACUGGAUGGACUCGUUCGUCUUUAGUGGAAGUUAUAUGGACAUUUUCAUUGCAACUUUGGUCGUGUGCGUUCUGGUCCGCGUCCACCCGGAGCCCGCUGACGACUGUCCAUGCUACGACGACAGCGUGUCCUUCUCUGGCGUUGUCAUUGGCAUCAAUCUCGGUGCGUGGCACUAUGCGCAGACUGGCUACGCAGUAAAAGACGCAUACCCGUCGUCCGUCCCAUUCGACCUGGAAGAGAUGGGUCUGCUGAAAGCGACCAUUCGCAUCCUACUUGGUGUUGUGGUGAUCUUUGUCUGGAGAGCGACUAUGAAGCCUGCGUUGUUUACCAUACUGCCGCCCAUCUUUCGCAUUCUGGAGCAAGCUCGCUGGAAUAUGCCCCGCGCCUUCUUCCUGAACGCCUCCAAGUACAAGUCUAUCAAGCCUUUCGCUGACGACGACAACGUCAUCCCACCUGCGUCAGAGUUGCCGCACAUGCUCAAGAACCUCGCUCACCCACGCAAGAGAUCUGUAUCUGUCGGACCGCAAUCUGCCGCUGAUGCUUACGAAACACUUGCCUACCGAAACCGAAGGCGACGGGAAAGCGUCAAUUCGCUGGAUGGUGCUGUACCUGAAGACUCGGCCUGGGUUCCCAGUCCAGCUGUUCUCGAUACGCCCAAUAUCGAAAAGGGGGAGCCGUUGCUUGGUGCCGGUCUCCUGCCCACACCCAUGGCAUCACGUGUGCAUUCAUAUGAGCAGAUGAUGGGCACAGGAGAUGUGCAGACGAGGGAGAAGAAUAUAAUAACUCCCCCAGAGAGCGAUACAGACGUUGCCGGCGACGUCUACAAGCUCACACAGAGCCCAACCGAAGAGGAGAAUGAGAAGCGAGAGAUCUUCAUGAAGCUUACGACGCCACGAGUGCGCUAUGAUGUUGAGGUGGUCACGAAGCUGAUUGUGUACACUGGUAUUGCAUAUAUAGCUGUUGCAGCUAACCCGAUGUUGUUCGAGUUAUUGGGUCUGGGCAUGGGCGACCAGUCGUAG